AUGGUUGCCAUACAACCAGCAAACCGCAUCAUGACACCAGACGCGAUAACAAUAAAGGGGAGGGGGGUCCAUAUAACUCUCCAUACGGGAAGACACAGAGAACGUCGGACAAGGAUGGAAAAAAUGCAUACACUCAAUCCCAAUAACGGCCAUCGGAUCCUCAUCAACAUUCGAAUAUUUACCACAACAGAAGGGCUCACGUUCACUGGGACAGGUCCAGACUCCGCUCACAUUGCUUAUCAGCGCUGCCGUCGCCACGGCUGUUAUGAUGGCACCGGUGAUGCUGCUGGUACUGUCUGUGCGCAUGGUGGAUGUGACGUCGCUUCUGCUCCUGGCUAG